AUGUCUGCAAUAUUAAAGCAAAGAGUAAGGUAUCCUCAAUAUUUGAAGAAACUAAGAACAGCUGAACAAUGUAUUGAUUUAUUCAAAAAUGGUCAGUAUCUCGGAUGGUCAGGUUUCACUGGAGUUGGUGCUCCAAAAGUGAUACCUACAGCGUUAGCCAAUCACGUUGAGAAAAAUAAUUUACAAGGUAAGCUUGCAUUCCAUUUGUUUGUAGGUGCAAGUGCUGGUCCUGAAGAAAACAGGUGGGCUGAACAAAAUAUGAUUUUGACAAGAGCUCCUCAUCAAGUUGGAAAACCCAUUGCCGCAGCAAUAAAUGAUGGUAGAAUACAAUUUUUCGAUAAACACUUGUCAAUGUUUCCUCAAGAUUUGACUUAUGGCUAUUAUACAAAGAAUAAGCCAAAUGGUCCCAAUUUGGACUAUACUAUAAUUGAAGCAACUGCAAUCAAGGAAGAUGGUUCCAUUGUCCCCGGACCCGCAGUUGGUGCAUCUCCAGAAAUGCUCUCUGUAUCCGAUAAAAUCAUUAUUGAAGUUAACACUAAAACUCCAUCUUUUGAAGGUAUACACGAUAUUGACAUGCCAGUAAACCCACCUUUUAGAAAGCCAUAUCCGCAUACUUCAGCCGAUUACAAGAUUGGCCAAAAUUCCAUCAUAAUUGACCCAGAAAAAGUGGUGGCAAUUGUGGAAAGUACUGAUGGCGACAAAGUUCCACCUAAUACUGUUAGUGACAAACAAUCACAAGCCAUUGCCAAUCAUUUGGUUGAGUUUUUGGAACACGAGGUCAAGCAAGGAAGAUUACCUGAAAACUUACACCCAUUACAAUCAGGUAUUGGAAAUAUUGCUAAUGCUGUGGUUGAGGGAUUAGCUUCUUCAAAAUUCAAAAAUUUAACCGUUUGGACCGAAGUCUUGCAAGAUUCAUUUUUGGACUUCUUUGAAAGUGGGUCAUUGGACUUUGCUACCGCAACAUCAAUUAGAUUAACCGAAAAUGGAUUCAAGAAAUUUUACGAGAAUUGGGAUACUUAUUCAAAGAAAUUGUGUCUUAGAUCUCAAGUUGUUUCAAAUUCUCCCGAGAUUAUUAGAAGAUUGGGAGUCAUUGCCAUGAAUACUCCAGUGGAAGUGGAUAUUUAUGGCCACGCCAACUCAACCAACGUUAUGGGUUCAAGAAUGUUAAAUGGUUUAGGAGGCUCCGCCGAUUUCUUGAGAAACGCAAAGUUGUCCAUUAUGCACACACCUUCAGCAAGACCAUCAAAGACAGAUCCAACUGGAGUUUCAUGUAUCGUUCCUAUGGCUCCACACAUUGAUCAAACAGAACAUGAUUUAGAUGUCGUGGUCACAGAACAAGGUUUGGCCGAUUUGAGAGGUUUAUCACCAAGAGAGAGAGCUAAAGUUAUCAUUAAUAAAUGUUCUCACCCAGAUUAUAGGGCACAAUUACAAGAUUACUUGGAUAGAGCUACUUUCUACUGUACAAAAAAGAAGACUUUGCAUGAGCCACAAAUAUUGAGAGAUGUUUUCAAAAUGCACUUGAAUUUCCAAGAAAAUGGUACUAUGAAGUUAGACUCGUGGGAUAAAAAGUUUUGA